UGGCAGGCACAGGGCCCGGGUGGAUUGGCCCUGCUGAGGAGCCGUAGGCCGAGUGCAGAGGAGGCCACAGGCUGAGGCAGCAAGAUGGAGGCCGUGAAGGAGUUCCUAGCCAAAGGCAAAGAAGACUUCUUGAAGAAAUGGGAGAACCCCUCCCAGAACACGGCGCGUUUGGAUCAAUUUGAGCGAGUCAAGACCCUGGGCACGGGCUCAUUUGGGAGGGUGAUCCUCGUGAAAGACAAGGAGACCGGGAAUUAUUAUGCGAUGAAGGUCCUGGAUAAACAGAAGGUAGUGAAGCUUAAACAAAUUGAGCACACCCUGAAUGAGAAACGGAUCCUCCAGGCCAUCAACUUUCCAUUACUAGUCAAACUAGAGUAUUCUUUCAAGGAUAACUCCAAUCUGUACAUGGUGAUGGAAUACAUCCCGGGUGGGGAGAUGUUCUCCCACCUACGGCGGAUCGGGAGGUUCAGUGAACCUCACGCCUGGUUCUACGCUGCUCAGAUCGUCCUCACCUUUGAGUAUCUGCACUCGCUGGAUCUCAUCUACCGAGACCUGAAGCCAGAGAAUCUCCUGCUAGACCAGCAGGGCUACAUAGAGGUGACAGAUUUUGGUUUUGCCAAGCGGGUAAAAGGCCGAACCUGGACUCUGUGUGGGACCCCAGAAUACCUGGCCCCCGAGAUCAUCCUCAGCAAGGGUUAUAACAAGGCUGUGGACUGGUGGGCCCUGGGCGUCCUCAUCUACGAGAUGGCAGCUGGUUACCCCCCGUUCUUCGCGGACCAGCCCAUUCAGAUCUACGAGAAGAUCGUUUCUGGCAAGGUCCGGUUCCCGUCUCACUUCAGCUCAGACCUGAAGGACCUGCUCCGGAACCUGCUGCAGGUGGACCUCACCAAACGCUUUGGCAACCUCAAGAACGGGGUCAACGACAUUAAGAACCACAAAUGGUUUGCUACCACCGACUGGAUCGCCGUCUACCAGAGGAAGGUGGAAGCUCCCUUUGUACCAAAGUGCAAAGGACCUGGUGACACGAGUAACUUUGACGACUAUGAGGAGGAGGAGAUCCGGGUCUCAACCACUGAGAAGUGCGCCAAGGAGUUUGCUGAGUUCUAGGACCAGCUUCCCCUCCAAGAAGGGCGCACAUGGAGCAGGUGGGGGCUGGGUUAUAUUUUGGUUUCAUAGAUAAAUUAUAUGUAUUAUAAAUACAUGAGCGCUGGCAGGAGCGGAGAGGGGGAGCCCUGUGGCCAGGCCUCCCCCCAAAACCCCCCUUUUCCACAAAGAAGCGAGAGUCCCAUCUAGAGGGUGAGGAUAUCAUCUGCCCCGCCCCGGGAAACACCUGUGUGUCCUCCGACAACACUUGUUUCACUGGAAAAAAACAAAACAACCCCCCUGCCCCCAGCCUCCA